AUGAAUUGGGGAUUGGCGGAUCGAGGGUCGAUAGAAAUGAAUAUAUCUAGUGCCGGCGAUGCCUCGAGAGAUUCCGAUAGUCAUACUACGGCUGCUGUAGGAUCUGUCGAAAUUGCGGAAUCGAAUGCAAAAUCAAAUGGUUCUGUUGUUGGUAAGCCUGGGAAAGAAGGCGAGGAAGCGAACAAGGGGGGAGAUAAAUGUUCCUCCUGUGUUAUUGAUAUCAAAGGCGAUGAUGAUUUGGUGUUGGAAAACCAGAAAUUGUGUAGAAUAUGCCAUUUGAGCGCCAAGGAAGGUGGGAAAAGUUCAUUGGAGUUGUCUGAGCUCGGUUGUGGAUGCAAAGGAGAGCUCGGAGUUGCUCAUUUGCACUGUGCUGAAGCCUGGUUUAGGAUCAGAGGGAAUAGAUUGUGUGAAAUAUGUGGUCAGACUGCCAAGAACAUUACAGGUGUUGGUGAUAAUGGAUUCAUGGAUGAGUGGAACGAAAAUAGAUCUGGUGACACAGGUGCUAGUUCGUCGGAAGGGAGCCGAAGGUGUUUGCGCGGACAGCCAUUAUGCAACUUGCUAAUGGCAUGUCUGGUAAUAGCAUUCGUCCUCCCAUGGUUUUUCCGUGUAAAUAUGUUUUAGUGAACUGAUAUCAUUCCACUGUGUGAUGUGAUGAAGAACUCGAUUAUUUGAUC